GGCUCUGGGGCGGCGCUGACAGUCUGGUCCGCGCCGGGCAGCGGGCGCACCGCGGGCAGGGCGGCCGGCAGGCACGGAGGCAGAGCUCCGCGCGCGCCCCGGCCUGCACCCCGCUCCGCGCCGCAGCCCGUCCGCGGGCGCCCACCUGCCGCCCCGACGGGAGGCCCCCCGCGGCCACAGCCGCUGCCCCGGGCCGGGCGCCCGCGGCGGCACCAUGAGUCCCCGCUCGUGCUUGCGUUCGCUGCGCCUCCUCGUCUUCGCCGUCUUCUCGGCCGCCGCGAGCAACUGGCUGUAUCUGGCCAAGCUAUCAUCGGUGGGGAGCAUCUCUGAGGAGGAGACGUGCGAGAAGCUCAAGGGCCUAAUCCAGCGGCAAGUGCAGAUGUGCAAGCGGAACCUGGAGGUGAUGGACUCGGUGCGCCGCGGUGCCCAGCUGGCCAUCGAGGAGUGCCAGUACCAGUUCCGGAACCGACGCUGGAACUGCUCCACGCUAGACUCGCUGCCAGUCUUCGGCAAGGUGGUGACGCAAGGGACUCGGGAGGCAGCCUUUGUGUACGCUGUCUCUUCAGCAGGUGUGGCCUUUGCAGUGACACGGGCUUGCAGCAGUGGGGAGCUGGAGAAAUGCGGCUGUGACCGCACAGUGCAUGGGGUCAGCCCUCAGGGCUUCCAGUGGUCAGGAUGUUCGGACAACAUCGCCUACGGCGUGGCCUUCUCACAGUCCUUCGUGGAUGUGCGGGAGAGGAGCAAGGGCGCCUCGUCCAGCCGGGCCCUCAUGAACCUCCACAACAACGAGGCCGGGAGAAAGGCCAUCUUGUCACACAUGCGGGUGGAGUGCAAGUGCCACGGGGUGUCGGGCUCCUGUGAGGUGAAGACUUGCUGGCGGGCGGUACCACCUUUUCGCCAGGUGGGCCACGCACUGAAGGAGAAGUUUGACGGUGCCACCGAGGUGGAGCCGCGUCGGGUGGGCUCGUCCAGGGCUCUGGUGCCACGCAAUGCACAGUUCAAGCCGCACACGGACGAGGAUCUGGUGUACCUGGAGCCCAGCCCAGACUUCUGCGAGCAGGACAUACGCAGCGGUGUGCUGGGCACGAGAGGCCGCACCUGCAACAAGACGUCCAAGGCCAUCGAUGGCUGUGAGCUGCUGUGCUGUGGCCGCGGCUUCCACACGGCCCAGGUCGAGCUGGCUGAACGCUGCAGCUGCAAAUUCCACUGGUGCUGCUUUGUCAAGUGCCGGCAGUGCCAGCGCCUGGUGGAACUGCACACGUGCCGGUGACUGCUGCCAGCCCUGUGCCCAGCAAACACCAUGUGGCCCAGGGGAGGCCAGUAAUUUAAACUGUCCCACCACCUA